AUGGACCCAACAAUCUUGGCUCUGCCCCUCUCACUACAACACCCGUCAGAAUAUUCUUCCUAUUAUCAUCAAUCAAAGCAUUCCGCCCACGAAUCAUACUUCAUCAACCCAUUAUUCCACCCAUCAAGUGUCUUCCACUCCGGAUCACACUCCACCCCCUAUUCCUUUUCCAGUCAAUUCUCCAAUCAAAACAACUUGCAUCCUCAGACAUCCCAUCUUGCUGCUCAAAUCAGUCCGCUUCAGACUCACACAAGGUUAAAUUCUUCAACUUUAGAAGCUGCCAACUUCCAAACUCAGCAGCAGGUCUCCAGACAUACUCGUGGUGCAUCAACAACAGCGGCCCGGGGCCGUGGCACACGGGGAUCAGCAAAACCUAGUACCCGCGGCCGCCAGGUAGCUACAACAACCUCUUCUGCCUCUACCCCCGCUUCUUCUUCAAUUGCCCCCACACAUUCUACACCAUUGCCAGCACGGGGCCGUGGCUCUCGAGCAGCCCCUUCUAGAGGUAGAGGCAAUGCUCGCACUACCCGCAUCACCCAGCCGAUUCCAACCACCUCUUCGGUUUCAAGCACUCCAUCCCUUCCUCCUCCGCUCAUCAACAUACAUGAGCGUCCCAAGAGGAAACGACAACACCUUCAACCCGCUGAGCGUCCAACACCCGCACCGCGUCCUUAUGAGGAGUUGAUGAAACAAUCUGAGGCAGAGCUUGCCAUCGAGGCCCGCAAGUGGUCUAAGAAGGCCAUGUCCAAUUCUGAUCGAAUUUUUUUUGCUAACUACUUUCAAGAACAGCGGAAGAUGCUCUGUAUCAAAGCUAUAGAGCGGGGUGUUUCUCUCCCGAUGGUUGAUGGUUUCCUCGGAAAGCGAAUGUCACUCAGGCAGUUAAGCCCAUGGAAUCGAUUCAUGAAGACUCCAGGUGCAAGAGCCGUUUUCCGUGGCCCUCGAAAGGGGGUCAAGCAUCGACCGGCCAUGCCCGGUGUCUCUGCUAUGUGGCAGAAGCUCAGUCCAGAGGAGAAGUUGCGUUACUCCAACCAACAGCCAGCUGCAAUGUCCUCGCAAGAUCCCAAUGGGUCCCAAGAGGACGUUGAGAACGACGGGUUUGAGGAUGUAGAAGACUCCGAAGACGAUGACAUGCCGGCAGAAUUACGGGCAGGCAUGAGACGAACCGCUUCGCUGAAGAGAUCCGCUGCCCAGGUCCAGAACUUCAUGGAUGACUGGUCCCGCAAGUUCGAAUACUCGUCCAACAUUCUUUCCAGUUGUACAGACGACACAUGUGCGACAUCAUUUCUCAAGGCUGCCGAGAGUCUCGAUGGCCCCAAGCACUUCCCCUCACGAAUGCAGGCUUACAUUACUGGAUACGAGGUAUCCGACCUGGCUGCUGUUGCCAAGACCACCAAAGCAUCUGCGAUCAAAUCCCGACCGGUAUCGGCUAUUGCCCGGAUGUCCGAAUUAGUUGUCUGGCAAGCAUCAAAUACCGUUUGGUUCUGUUACCUGGAGCGAAGGUCGAUGCGCAGUGGCUCAAGCAACCUAGUCGAAAUCUUGGCCCUGCUCGACAGGCUCUCCUGCAUCUCGACGACUCGACUCGACCUUGAUGAUAAACUCAUUGAUGUCGUGUACGACCCUACCAUACCAGAGAACCGGCCACCUAAGGGUCACAAGUCCCGAUCGCGCCAGUCCUCUUCCAACCCCUCAUCACGUCACUCUUCUUCCGCCCCCUCCACCCGCGGUUGUCCUGGUCGCAUUGAUAGGACUUGCACCGGUGGCGUAGAAGGUGGUGACCACACAAUUGAUGAGGUACACAAUAAUUCACAUAGAUCAGACCAUCUUCCCCCUCCUUUGUCUUUUGCUGAUCUCGAUCUAGAUUAG